AUGUCCCUUGCACUAGCGCAGCUGCGCCCUCGUCCGCUCAGCGCGCGAAGAUUGAACGCGACUCGCCGCUUCACCGUCUCUCGCUUUCUCGCCGGUCCGCCCGCCGCCACCGUCGCCAACUCCUUCCUGUCUCGCUUCCAGUCGCUGGGACCUCAAACACGCACGCAGACCCUCGAUGCCAACCAGUUGCAGCUCCUCAGCCUUACGCUGAAUCACCCUUCCCUCUUCCCCAACUCCCCGUCGCUGUCCAACACGCCUCCCCUGGACACACCGGUGCCGCCCGGUUACCACCUCGUUUACUUCACCCCGGCUUUCCUGGAAUCCGAACUGGGUGCAGAUGGUACCGAUGCCUCGUACAACCCCCAAGCGCCGUUCACGCGCCGCAUGUGGGCGGGUGGCGAGGUACUGUGGCCUCGCGGUGCGGACGGGAAGGCCAACCCGUUGCGCGUGGGACAACGAGUGAGCGAGACCACGCGAGUGCUCAGCGCGGAAUCCAAGCUCGUGAAGAAAACCGGCGAGGACAUGAUCGUGGUGGGCGUGGAGAAGGAGUUUACCAAUGAGCGGGGUGUUUCCAUCGUUGAUCGAAGGAAUUGGGUUUUCCGCAAAGCUCUGCCUAUGCCAUCUGCUUCGUCCCCGUCCAGCGCCCCAACCUCGCUCUCAACCUCCCACCUGACUCAUUCGAAUCCCGUCUCGACCAUCUCCACCGAAGGGAACACUCACACUCGCACCCUGAUACAAACCCCCGUCACGCUCUUCCGAUUCUCCGCUCUGACCUUCAACCCUCAUAAAAUCCACUACUCACUCCCCUGGGCCCGUGACGUGGAAGGACACCGGGACAUCGUGGUUCAUGGACCCUUGAACCUGAUCUCCAUUCUGGACCUGUGGAGGGACAUUCGUAGCCGGGAUGCCGCAGACCCGACUGCGAUCAUCCCGCAGCGCAUCUCGUACCGUGCGACCAGUCCGCUGUACGCCGGGGAAGAAUAUCGGGUUGUAUUGCAGGAAGAGGGAGAUACGGCGAGGGUGCAGAUCCUCGCACCGGGCGAAGUGGUCGCCAUGAAAGCGGAGAUCCAGGCCUGA